UCACUUCUCAUUGAAAGAAAUGGCGUCACUUCGCCUUGCCGUGUGCCUAACUUCUAAAGGUUAAAAAGAAGAAAAGACACCACUGUUACCCCAUACAUAGACAAUGCUCAGAGACGGAGCCGCCCGCUACUGAGCCUCAGGUGAGAACCAACGUACAUGCCACAACCCCUGAAAAGUGUGUACCCACAAGGUGGAGGAAAAACAAAAUGUUUCUCAAGGUACAGUUGCCUUGGAAUGUCAUAAUCCCUGCCGAAAACUUGGAUGCUAAAGGAUUGCUGCUCCAACGGUCAAUUAUUAUUCGCCUGUUGGAGGACUUUGCUGCUAGAAAGGCCACUAAGGAUCUUGGAUAUUAUCUUGCAGUCACAACUCUGGAGAGCAUAGGAGAGGGGAGAGUUAGACAGCAAACCGGAGAUGUAAUGUUUCCAGUUGUUUUUAGUGGAAUCACCUUCAAGCUUUACAGAGGAGAGAUUUUAGAAGGGGUUGUCCACAAGGUGCUGAAGCAUGGGGUCUUCUUGAGGUGUGGACCGGUGGAAAACAUAUAUCUCUCUCAUCUGAAAAUGCCUGGUUACAGUUAUAUGCCUGGGGAGAAUCCAGUGUUCAAUGACAAGGUUUCGAGGAUUGAAAAAGACAUCGUGGUUCGUUUCAUUGUUAUUGGGACAAAAUGGCUGGAGGCGGAAAGGGAAUUUCAAGCAUUGGUCAGUUUGGAGGGAGAUUAUCUGGGACCAGUUUCGUAGUGUUGAUGAUACUGCCUUUGCAUCUGGGACCAAAUAUGUUUAUAAGCCUUGUCGAUACUCAUGCUGCUUGGAUACUACUAUAUCUACUCCAAUUAACUUCUUUGAGUUCUUGUGACAAA